CUACAACCUGGAUUGUGGUUGGUUACCAGUCGAGUCCAUCAAAUAUUAACUUCCGGUAGUGAAAUGUGUUGCAAAACAGUCGUAGGUUGUAACUUUGGACAGUCGAAAAGGAAAACCUGGAUAACGCAGCUUCAGAAAAAUGAUGCUAUCAGAGGUCCUGCAGGUGCUGCGCGGGGCAGGUAAAGUGGGUUCCGCCCUGGUUUGCACCCAGGGAGAACAGCUCCGACUAAUGGCCUGCAACUCCACCAUGGGGGCCGGGGUCAAAGUAGCUCAGGAUGCGGUGGAGGGACUGGUGAGCAACUUCAGUGGCGGCGGCAGUGCGUCACCAAAGGAGGAUGUGUUCCCGGACGCGGAGGGUUGGGAGAACGUGGACCCAGAUGAAGCAGCCAAAUGGGCCACAGGGUCCGAAUUCCCCUCUGAAGCUGUGGAGCAAAGCCAGACGGAGGCUGGAGCUGCAGGAGUUCCCCCGUCGCCGGGGACGGGCUGGCCGGGACAGAGCGCUCGCUUCCUCCACACGACCCCCAGCUUCCAGCGGUACUUCUACCAGACCAGGUCCCUCCAUGACACGGUGGUGGCGAGACUGAGCCCAGAGGACAUCAAGAAAGCCAGAGAGGCCAAGAAGGCCCUGGCCAAACCCGUCAGACAGAAGCUGAGUGACCGGGCCAAAGAGAGAAAGGUUCCCGCCACAAGAAUCAGCAGGCUGGUUAAUUUUGGGGGACUGGCGGUGGGCCUCGGGAUCGGUGCCAUCGCAGAAGUGGCCAAACAGUCGUUGGGAGGAAAACCAAAAGGAGAGGACAGCGCGCUGUUGGACUCUCCUCUCCUGUCGGAGGCCAACGCCGAGCGAAUCGUCAACACGCUGUGCAAAGUCCGCGGGGCCGCGCUCAAGAUCGGUCAGAUGUUCAGCAUACAAGACAACGCCUUCAUCAACCCCCAGCUGCAGAAGAUCUUUGAGCGCGUCCGGCAGAGCGCCGACUUCAUGCCGGCCUGGCAGAUGAACAAGGUUCUGGUGGAGGAGCUGGGUCCCGGCUGGCGGGAGAAGCUCUCGUCCUUCGAAGACAAACCGUUUGCCGCGGCGUCCAUCGGCCAGGUGCAUCAUGGGGUGUUAAAAGACGGGAGAGAGAUCGCCAUGAAGAUCCAGUACCCCGGAGUGGCGGACAGCAUCAGCAGCGACAUAGACAACCUGAUGACGGUGCUGAAGAUGAGCGUGGCCCUGCCGGGAGGCCUGUUUGCAGACAGCAGCUUGGAGGUCCUUCAGAGGGAGCUUGCGUGGGAGUGUGACUACAAGAGGGAGGCCGAGUCCGCCAAGAGGUUCAGGUCCAUGCUGGAGGGAAAUGAGCUCUUCCAGAUCCCCGAGGUGAUUGAUGAGCUGUCAGGCAGCAGGGUGCUGGCCAUGGAUCUGAUACAAGGAGUCCCACUGGACCGCUGCGUAGACCUGGACCAGGAGACCCGGAACCAGAUCUGUUACAGAAUCCUCCAGCUGUGCCUCAGGGAAGUGUUUGAGUUCAGGUUCAUGCAGACGGAUCCCAACUGGUCGAACUUCUUCUACAACUCGGACACGGACAAGGUGGUCCUGCUGGACUUCGGAGCGUGCCGAGGCUACCCGGAGAAGUUCACCGACGACUACAUAGAGGUGGUGCACGCGGCCUCCGUGGGCGAUCGAGCCACCGUUCUUUCCAAAUCAAAGGAUCUGAAAUUCCUGACAGGUUUCGAGGCCAAGGCCUUCGAGGAGGCCCACGUGGAGGCGGUGAUGAUCCUCGGCGAAGCCUUCGCCUCCGUGGAGCCUUUCGACUUCGGCAACCAGAGCACCACCCAGCGCGUCCAGAGCCUCGUCCCCGUCAUGCUGCGCCACCGCCUCACCCCCCCGCCCGAGGAGUCCUACUCCCUCCACCGCAAGAUGGCCGGCUCCUUCCUCAUCUGCUCCAAGCUCAAGGCGCGCAUACCGUGCAAGGACAUGUUCAUGGAAGUGUACGACGCCUACAACCAGCGGCGGCAGGAGGAGCAGGCGGCGCGGGCCGCUGCUUAACCUGUCGGGGGGGCGGGGGGGGCGCGCAUGCAUAUCAAUCACACUGAGACUUCAUCAGUUAUGUUACCGGCAACUUGCUCCAAAGAGGACGGCGCUCCGGACUUCUUUCUGUCAUUGUCUCCUUCGUGUACGACGUCACACUGACCUCGCCGUGAGGUCAUAGGGCCUCGCCCCGGCGUGAGGUCAUAGGGGAUCCCGACUGGGGGGCUUGACUCGAAGUCCCCGUGGUCCCGUUAAGUGACUUUGACGGCCAAUGUGACACCGUUGAAAUAUAUGCAAAAUGGUUAUAUCACCAUUUUCGGUUUCAAAUAUGAUAUGAAUCAAAGACGGGAUUAUUAAAUCAUUUGGCGUGUUGUUUGCGUGCGUGUUUUGAUUUUAAUGCCAGAUUUGAGUUUAACGGUCACAUCUCUGCUCCAGAUGUUGCGACGGCUCUGUGUGCAGUUGGUCCAAAGGCAAAAGGUAAUGCUGACUUCUGACGCACUGUUACCGGGGCAACGCGUAUCUUCUGGCUGAUGCCACCGAGUGCUCCUUCUUUUUGGUCUCAGAAGGACUCGAAGAACGUGUUCUCCUACACGUGAAGCCUGAUUAAAAACUUCUAAGCGAUACUCGCCAUUAAAUCUCUGUACAGUGAAGUUCUUUGGCUCAUUUUUGUAAUGCCUUCUUCACGAUGAGUCCUGUAACCUCCAUUGAAAUCCGAAAGGGAAUAUGAAAAAAGCAUUCCGCGUG